AUGAAUAAAGGCAAAGUUCUUGUUGUUUCUAACCGUCUCCCCGUGACGAUAAAGCGGAAAGACGAUGGCUCUUAUGAGUACUCCAUGUCUUCGGGCGGCUUGGUUACUGCCCUUCAGGGAUUGAAGAAGUCCACAGAGUUCCAAUGGUAUGGCUGGCCUGGCUUGGAACUUCCAGAGGAUGAACAGGACCAGGUUAACCGAGACUUGAUGGACCAGUUUAAAUGCUGUGCCAUUUUCUUAAGCGACUCUAUCGCUGAUUUGCACUAUAAUGGGUUUUCCAAUAGUAUAUUGUGGCCUCUCUUUCAUUAUCAUCCAGGUGAAAUGAACUUUGAUGAGACAGCCUGGGCUGCUUAUAUCGAGGCUAACCGUCAGUUUGCAUCGAAGAUUGUGGAGCAGGUUGAAGAUGAUGACAUGAUCUGGGUCCAUGAUUACCACUUGAUGUUGUUACCACAGAUGUUAAGAGAGGAAUUGGCAGCGUCUAGUAAAAGUCCAAAGAACGUUCGUAUUGGAUUCUUCCUCCAUACCCCAUUUCCAUCUUCUGAAAUUUACAGAAUCUUGCCCGUCAGAAGAGAAAUUGUUACUGGUGUGUUGAGCUGCGACUUGAUCGGCUUCCACACCUACGACUAUGCCCGUCAUUUCUUGUCCUCUGUGUCAAGAAUUGUUCCCGAUGUAAAUACAUUGCCAAAUGGAGUGGAGGUCGAAGGGCGCUCCAUCCAAAUUGGUGCAUUCCCAAUUGGCAUUGACGUUGAAAAGUUCACCGAGGGCGUCAAGAAGCCCGCAGUGGUGUCAAGAAUUGAACAGAUGAAACUGAAAUUUGAAGGUAUGAAGGUCAUUGUCGGUGUGGACAGACUUGAUUAUAUCAAAGGUGUACCACAGAAACUUCAUGCGUUUGAGGUCUUCCUCACAGAGAACCCUGAAUGGAUCGGUAAGGUGGUUUUGGUACAGGUUGCCGUUCCAUCAAGAGGUGACGUGGAAGAAUACCAGAGCUUGCGAGCAAAUGUGAACGAGCUCGUUGGAAGAAUCAAUGGACGUUUUGGCACAGUUGAAUUCGUUCCAAUUCACUACUUGCAUAAAUCUGUGCCAUUUGACGAGCUUAUAAGUCUCUACAGAAUAUCGGACGUUUGUUUGGUCAGCUCUACUCGUGAUGGUAUGAACUUAGUCAGUUACGAGUAUAUUGCUUGCCAACAGGAGAAUAAUGGUGUUCUCAUUUUAUCUGAAUUUGCAGGUGCCGCUCAGUCACUUAAUGGCGCCAUCAUAGUUAACCCAUGGAGCUCAGAAGACAUGUGCGAAGCCAUUAAGGAAAGUUUGACUCUUCCAGAGGAGAAGAGAGCCAUCAACUUCAAGAAGGUUUUCGACUACAUUUCUAAAUACACUUCGGGCUACUGGGGUGAAAGUUUCGUGAAGCAAUUAUCUAAAUGCAAUGCGGAGAAAAAGCUUAGCCAGUGGAGCUAA